AUGGCUCAGUAUCCCUGCAACGACGGAGUCUGCAUGCGUUGCAACGUGAAGCCUCACGAGGAGACUGAGUGUCUCUUGUGCAGCACUUGCGGUACGCCUUGGCACGUGUCAUGUCUCAGGUCCCCUCCUGAAACCCUAGAAUCCACUCGGGAGUGGGAGUGCCCGGACUGCUCCGGCGAUGUUGAUCCCGUCCCGGUUUCCGGAAUCGCCGGAACUGAAUCCAACGGCUCGGUUCUUGUAGCAGCCAUCUGUGCGAUCGAGGCCGAUGAGUCGUUGACCGAGGCAGAGAAAGCAAAGAGGAAGCAGCAGUUGGUGAGUGGUAGAUCCGAUGAGGACGAAGACGAGAAAGAAAACGAAGGGGGAAAUUCUGGUGGAGAUGUUGAUGUUUUAGCUGCUCUUAAGGAUAAUUUCUGCUGUUCCAUCUGCCUCGAGUUGCCUGAAAGGCCAGUCACGACUCCGUGUGGCCACAAUUUCUGCCUGAAAUGUUUUCAGAAAUGGGUUGGGAAAAGGAAGUUUGAAUGUAUGAAAUGCAAGAGUGCAAUCCCAAGGAAAAUGGCGAACGACCCUCGCAUCAAUGCUUCCCUAGUCUCUGCGAUUCGUUUGGCCAAGGUCGCAAAAUCUGCUCAUGUGGGGAAAGCCAAAGUGUAUCACUUCGUCAGCAACGAGAACCGUCCUGACAAGGCUUUCACAACUGAGCGGGCUAAGAAAACAGGCAUGUCAAAUGCUGCUGGUGGCAGGAUUUUUGUGACAAUACCAUCUGAUCACUUUGGUCCUAUUCCAGCUGAGAAUGAUCCAACCAGGAACCAAGGUGUUUUAGUUGGAGAGACUUGGGCAGACAGACAGGUUUGUAAGCAGUGGGGAGCUCAUUACCAGCACGUUGCUGGGAUUUCUGGGCAAUCACAGUAUGGAGCGCAGUCUGUGGCACUCUCUGGAGGUUAUAAGGAUGACGAGGAUCAUGGAGAAUGGUUUCUCUACACCGGAAGUGGAGGAAGAGAUCUAAGUGGUAACAAAAGAACGAACAAGGAUCAAUCUUCUGACCAGAAAUUUAAAAAUUCAAACGAAGCUCUUAGACUUAGUUGCAAAAUGGGAUACCCUGUCCGAGUUGUAAGGUCUCACAAGGAGAAGCGUUCUUCCUAUGCCCCUGGAGAGAAAGGAGUGAGAUAUGAUGGGGUUUACAGGAUUGAGAAGUGCUGGAGAAAAGUUGGAAUACAGGGUACUUAUAUGGUAUGUCGUUACUUGUUUGUUAGAUGUGACAAUGAGCCAGCUCCGUGGACCAGUGAUGAGCAUGGUGAUUGUCCAAGACCUUUGCCUAAUAUUCCAGAGCUUAACAAUGCCAUUGACCUAUUUGAGAGAAAGGAAAGUCCAUCAUGGGAUUUUGAUAAAUCUGAGGGUAUUUGGAAGUGGAUGAAGCCUCCCCCUGCUAUCAGAAAGGCAGUUCAGGCUUUGGAUCCUGAAGAAAGGAAGAGGAAGAAGAAAGCCAUAAUGGUGGCACAAAACUUCACUAUGAGGGACAAACUUUUGAAAGAAUUUAGUUGCCCAAUCUGUCGGGAAGUGAUGAGUUCUCCAGUGACAACGCCUUGUGCUCACAACUUCUGCAAGGCAUUCUUGGAAGCUACAUUUGCUGGGGUAACACAGCUGCGAGAGAGAAGCAGAGGCGGUCGCAUACUGCGUGCACAGAAAAACGUCAUGAAGUGCCCUUGUUGCCCGACUGACAUUUCCGACUUUCUUCAGAACCCACAGGUGAACAGAGAAGUGAUGGCUGUGAUAGAGACGCUGAAGAAGAAAGAGGAGGAGCCAACCCCAAUACAAGAAGUUGGAGAAAGCUCUGGAACCGCAGGUGAAGAAAACAACUCCGAAGAAGGAGAAGAACCGCAAAUGGUUGUGUCUGAAGAUGAGCCACCAACUAAAAGGAUGAAAUUGGACACUGAGUAA